CAUCCGCAGCGAGGAGCGUCGCCAGACUGGGAGGACCUCCGCCCCGGAGCAUCUCAGACCCGGAACACCGCCCCGGCGCGGGACCCGGAGCAGCGCCUCGCCCGCAGCCGAGUUUCGCCAGACGCUUUUUCUCUCUGCGUACUUUCUGUUUCUUUUUCUCGUUUUCUUUUUCUUUUUUCUUUUUCAGCCUUCUCCAGUUGUCUUAUCUGUUUCAUCACCCUUGCGGCUCCUCUCCUUUCUCGUUCCGCGGAGCUAGGGGGGCAGCGGUUGCUGCUUCUCACCUCCCUUCUCACCUCUGCCAUCGCGCCCCGUGUGAAGGGGGGACAGCCGCCCCGCCCCAGCCCAGGGACGCCCGCCUGGAGAGAAACCAUUUGAAGCAAAUCCUAAACAUGCAUCGUAGAGAAAUACCCUUGACAUUUUUGAUGCUUGCGUUUUUGGGCACUACAGAAGGAACCUGUACUUCACGUCUGCACAUUACUGCCUUCGAAGGGGAACCUUUCUAUCUGAAAUACUGCUCCUUUUCAUCUGAGCGCGAGAACAAAUCCACCACCAUAAAAUGGUACAAAAAUGAAUCACGUGGACUUGUUGAGCUGAACCCAAGUCAUUCACCCAGAAUUAUUCUGCAUGAUUAUGUUUUGGAGUUUUGGCCCAUUGAGCUAAAUGACAGUGGAUCUUACUCUUUCCGAAUGGGGAAUGAUACUCACGACUGGAAAUUAAAUGUCGUUGGAAGAGGUAAACACAGCUGUUUUACUGAGAAACUAGUAAUUAGUAAAGUUGUGGAAGUUAAGAAAUCUUUGCACGUAGCCUGCGAACAUAGUUACUAUCAAAAACCGGUCAACAGAACGCUGUAUAAGGACUGUCGAAAGAUAGAGAACAGUAAAAACCCAUUUUCAAAGAAUGCAGAGUUUGAAGACCAAGGCUACUAUACCUGCAUGUUUUUCCUCCGUCACAAUGGGAAACUAUUUAACGUCACCAAAACCUUCAAUAUAACAAUAGUUGGAGAUCGCAAUAAUAUAAUUCCAGUUCUUCAUGGACCAAAGCUUACUCAUGUUAAAGUGGAAUUAGGAAAAGACAUACAGCUCAACUGCUCUGCUUUGAUGAAUGAAAAGGAUAAGAUUUAUUGGAACAACUGGAAAGAAAAUGAAAACGACCCUAAUAUACAUGAAGAAGAAGGGCAGAGAAUCUGGACUUCAGAAGGCAAAUUGCUUGCUUCAAAAGCCCUGAUAAUUAAGAAUAUUAAUGAAAAAAAUCUAAACCGUUCAUAUAGUUGCUCUGUGGUCGGCAAGGAAGGCAUCGACACAAAAAGCUUCAUCUUGUUAAAAAAAGACGUGAUUGACAUCCCAGGCCACAUCUUCACUCGAGGAAUGAUCGUAGCUGUUUUGAUCUCAGUGGUCAUCGUGUGCCUAGUCACUGUGGGUGUCAUUUAUAGAGUUGACUUGGUUCUAUUUUAUAGACAUUUCACGGGAAGAGAUGAAACCUUAACAGAUGGGAAGACAUACGACGCUUUUGUGUCUUACCUAAAGGAAUGCCGGCCCGAGAACGGAGAGGAGCACGCCUUUGCUGUGGAGAUUUUGCCCAGGGUGUUGGAGAAACAUUUUGGGUAUAAGUUAUGCAUAUUUGAAAGGGAUGUGAUGCCUGGAGGAGCUGCUGUUGAAGAAAUCCACUCCUUAAUAGAGAAGAGCCGCAGGCUGAUCAUAGUCCUGAGUAAAAGCUAUAUGUCCAACGGAGUCAGAUAUGAACUUGAAAGUGGACUCCAUGCAGCACUGGUGGAAAGGAGAAUUAAAAUCAUCUUAAUUGAAUUUACACCUGUCAGUGACUUUGCAUUCUUGCCUCAAUCCCUAAAGCUUUUGAAAUCUCACAGAGUUCUGAAGUGGAAGGCUGACAAAUCUGAGUCGUAUAACUCACGGUUCUGGAAGAAUCUUCUUUAUCUGAUGCCUGCAAAGACAGUCAAGCCGUGUAGAGAUGAGUCAGAAGUCUUGCCUGUGUUUUCACAGUCCUGAUCUUCAGAAAAGCGAAGUGUCAGAAAGAAGCCUGGACCCCCUGGGCACUGAGUGUGUGAGACUGUUUACAACAAGGGGCAUUAUUCAAAUAUUAAACUCUGUUCUGUGAACGUCCUACUGACAGUUUGAAGAUGAAACUUGUCAUCAGGUUGUCAGGCUAAGACUAAAUAAACAUUGUGCUGUGGUCAAGGGCUCCCAGAAGACCCUGGAUUCAUGGAAAUGGAUCUCCUGUCUCUCUGUCUUCUGUAGUGAGGUGCAUGGGCUCUACUCAGUCCCAUGUUGAGCAACUGUGAGGCUGGACACAGAGCAAAAUGCUUUAUGCUUUACAAUAAGGGCAUAUCUUUAGGAGUUUUUAAUACUAAUAAGUGAACUAAAGGAUUUUAAGUUCACGAAGUAGCGUUUUUUGUGAGCCAGGAGGUGACCCAAAAACUGGGAUGGUGUCUUCACCCUCCCACGACGGCCACUACCUCUCAGCACCGCGGACAGUGCCCGGGAUGUGGUUGAGAGCCGGCAGGGCCGCGUGCAGAGCGGGACUGAGGUGUGAGCUGCUGGAACAGAGCCCCCGCCCCAGGAUGUGUUUACCGUCUCCUGGCCGCAGCUGCAGGUCCACGAUUCUCGGAACCCCACUGCGGCACCGCCCAGGGCUUGCUCAGUUGGGCCUAGGUGUGGGAACUUCUUAAAAGGAACUCAACUUUUUAUCUUCCACGCGAGACACAAAUUGUAAUUCAGAUAAUUUUCUAGGUCUUUCAGAAAUGGUCUAAAACAUUUGUUGAUUUUACACCAGUGUUUAUAUACAGGAUGGGUGCAGAUCAGCUUAGACAUUGAGCAGAAAACAAUGAUGGUUACUUGCUAGAUUUUUAGAAGAUUACAGACGUAAAAGUCCCUUUGGGUGGAGGCAGUGCGGUGAAGAGGAUGAACUGUGUGACCAAGAGGCUUGAGCACGAAUCCCAGGUUUACAACUUGCUUCUGUGACCUCUGGACGCUCUUUUAACUGAUCUGUGCCUCAGUUUCCUCAUCUGUAAAAUUAGACUUUAUGAGAGUUGUACGGGGGCUCAACGAAUAAAUACAAAUG